CCAAGAUCUCUUCGCGCCGUGUGGCCCCCCUACUCUCGGCGUUGCAGCACAAAGCGACGCGGAUGGCGUUGGAGUCGUCUGAUGGUACUCCACACUUUCCACGCACCUAGCACAGUGAGCACACAGAUCUGUCGCGCGUGGCGUAUGCGUUGUCUGUCAGUUUGGCGGAUUCUGAACCACACUGGUGAUGGUACCGACGAUAGCAGGGAGGAGAUCACGGCCACGUCAAGCCACCUUGGAUGGUUUGACGACGCCCUCUGCAGCAGGCCCGGCCAGACCACACUCAUCGCUGGCAACGAAUCCUGCGGGAAUCACGCAGGUCUAUCUGGCGUGUAUGUGUGUGUGGAUGGAUGGAUGGAUGUGUGUGUGUGCAGGUCACAGCGGCGAGGCGAUGUUCAACUCACCAUUUGGGUUCAGCUUUGCGCCGGACGGCAGUUUGGUAGUGGCGGACACUGACAACUCGUGCAUCAAACAAAUCACGCCAAACGGCAAUGUGGUGGGCCGGGCCGGGCUGGCGUGGGCGUUGGGUUGGUGUGAUGGGAUGUGUGUGUCUGGCCUGGCAGGUGACGACUCUGGCGACCAGUGCUGAGGGUUUCAAGAGCCCCACGGGCAUCGUGGUGUGCGAGAGGACGGGCAACGCCUACAUAGCCGACUCGGGGGUGUUCGGCAUCUUCAGACUCAACCAUGACACGGGCGAAGGUAAGACAAGGCAAGGCGACACACUCUGUGCCUGCCUGCUGGCAGCAGAGCGGUUUGUGUGGAUGGAUGGAUGGAUGGUCCAGUUGACAUGAUAAGUGGCGACAUGACGGCGGGUCACCAGGAGAGCGACGGCACCACCAACACCGUCGCACACUGGGACCUGCCAUUCGGGCGUACAGACCACCUACACACACACACACACACACACACAUCCAUCCAUCCAUGUGUGUGUGUGUGUGUCAUCCAUUCAUCCAUCAGUCGCGAUGGACAGCAGCGGCGACCUGCUGGUGUGCGACCGCUCCCAGCACGUCAUCCGGAAGGUGCAGCUGUCGAGCGGCCUGCCCCUCAACGACCCCGCCAACACCAUCACCGUCCAGCAGAACCACAAGUUCAGGCAGCACAUCACACCGUACUCACACAGUGGCAGUGGCGCAGAUGUCAAUAUCAACCGCACUCAGACCGUCGACUCGGUAUGUAUGUCAGAAAAUCUCUGUGCAGGCGGGCUUAACCCAUCCAUCCACCCAUUGGUCCAUUCCGUGUUGGGGUUGGUGGGUCAGGAGGCUAAUGUGGAGGUGGGGGGGAGCCGCGCCGAUGUGCUGAUCCAGCAGCCGACCACCAAGCUCAUUGCCGGCGUCCCGGGCACACAGGGUAUGUUAUGUGUAUACGCCACGCCCCAUGCAGACCGAACCACACACAGACAGAGCAGCCAUCGUGUGUGUGUGUGUGUGUGUUGGUAUGUGAUGUGUAGGUUGUGAGGACGGUCCGUCGAGCGAGGCGCUGCUCGACACGCCCACCGCCAUCGCUGUGGCACCUGACGGCACCAUAUAUGUCAGCGAUAUAGGUCAGUCCGCCAACACAUUUGUGUGUCCGUGUGAGUGUGUGUGUUGUGUGCAGGGUCAGGCCGGUUGCGUCAGAUAUCGCGCGACUACUCGAGGGUGCUGACACUGCCGGGCCAUUACAGGGGGGCCUUGGGGCUCGACGUAGACAAACAUGGAAGGUAAGUACUCGCGCGCACACACACACGACCACGACCAGUUAUGUGUUGGUGCAGGUUGUAUGUCGCCAACACGGACGCCCGGCAGAUCCUGCGCUACGACCCGCACAACGGCCAGGUGGUGGAGCUGCCCACCACCGGCCUCGUCCAUCCCGUAGCACUGCGAGUAGACUCCACAUCAGGUGGGUGGGUGCAUCACACACCACACCACACCCCGGCUCGGACACCCAUAUCGCUGUGUGUGUGUGGUUGUGGUUGUGUUUGUUGUGUAGGGGUGCUGUUUGUGGCUGACCAGCACUCAUUCAAGGCCGUCAAGGUGGUCAAGAGCCUCCCUCCCACACACAGCACACUCAACGACGACAUGGCACAGCUACUCACACAGGAGGUCGUCGGAAAGGCCGGGGAGGCAUAUGGAUCUAUCUGUGUGUCAUACCUACGUGCGUCCGUCCAGAGCCCCGGCAACGCGGCCUACGCUGACGUGACAUUUGACGUCCAUGGCACCCAGCUGCGUGCCCACUGCGCCAUCCUCGCCUGCAGAUGCGCAAAGAUCAUGCCACUCAUCCAAAAGGGUAGCAAUCACACACACACUACAAUGGACCUAUAGGUGUGCACCUUUGUGUGUGUGUGUGUGCGCGUGCGUGUGUGUGUGUGUGUCCAUCGCCAGCGGCCGGUGGCCACACCAGCCAGAUCUCCUCUGUUGGUGGUGGUGGUCAUGGUGGCGUCAUGGUGCCGAUAGCCGACGAGGGUGUGACGCCCAAGGCGUUCGCGGCGUUUUUGUGUUUCCUCUACAGCGACAGGUGCAUCGUAGACCAGGACACCGUUGAGCCACUGCUCAAGGUACAGCUAGCUGGGCAGGUCAAGGCGAAGACACGCACACACACACAGAGGGAGAAUGGGCCCAUGAUGGGUAUGCAAUGCAGUUGUCUCACGAGUACGGGAUGGAUCGUCUGACGCGUUUGGUUGAGGAGUACGUCAUGAAGCGCGUGGAGGUGGACAACGUUAUCGCACACAUGAGGUGCGCAGGGCAGGGCAGGGCAGUUCUACCGGUCAGGCAGGGCACCUGAGGUGCCAGGCCUGGUGUGGCGGGCACUGCACCACUGUGAUCGUAUCGUGACACACCGACAGGAUGGCGCAUGUCUAUGGCGCCGAGCGCCUGAAGGCCGGCUGCAUCAAGGUCCUCAUCAGACACUUCAACCAGCUCCAGGCACGGCACGGCACACAGACACACACACAGGCAGCAGCUCAGCUCGACCCACUCGACACGACCUGUGUGCGUGUGUGUGUGUGUACGUCUGGUCUGCAGGCUGAGUUGGGCAAGUCAGGUCUGGAGGCCUACCCCGAGUUGCUGAGCGAGAUCAUCGUGUCGCUGCCUCCCAAGUGACUCAUAGAUAGCAUGGUGGGGGCAGGGCACCUUUACCGAGGUAUGUAACCACUCGCACCCACUGCACUGCAUCCAUGCCGACGUCACGUCACGUCAAGCAUCCACACACAAUGUUAUAUGUCUCCCUCCCUCGCUUGCCUACGUGUGUGCGCCAGUGGCUGUUUGUCUGGUUUCUGCCUGCAACAGGUGAUUGCCCCCACACCCGCCAUGCCCCCUGCAGUGCCCCGCAUACGUCAUCACAGGCAAGCCCUGGCAGGCCUAUCCGUCAUGUUGCCCCCCCCCCCCCCCCCCCCCCCCCCCCCCACCC